CCAAAUGAUUCACCUUACAUAUUCCCAUCUUAUCAGACAUAGUUUUAAAGAAUACAAAUUCGACUCUUUUUUGUAAGUUCCAUAUUUUGUAUUGAUAAGAAAUUUGGACAUGCUGCGCCUCAUAUACAUUUAUUAUGGAACCCUCUUACCCGGCUGGACCACCUUGCGUGCAUUUAGCCACGGCCAACGUCACUUCAUCGUACUCUGGCUAAAAUAUUGGGUGAUCCACGCACUGCUGCAGGCAUUUGGAGUUCUUACGGACUUCUUUAUAGGUGGACUGCCCUUCUAUGCUGCCCUCAAGCUGAUCCUGUCCGUAGGCCUCUGGUUUAGUGCCCCAUACAGCACCAAUCACCUAUUUAAUGCAAUCAGGAAGUACGUUAUGCUGAAGCUGGAGCCAAUCAUCGAUCAGGGUUAUCUUUGGCAUCAAUUUCUCGAUCAGGAUGAGCAAAGAGGACCGAGGGUCAACAAUCAUCUGUUGAAACGAGAACUUUCAAAUCUUAAUGCCGAAAUCGAAUUGGAUCAAGCUGACCUACGCAAAAGGGAGUUUUUCCAAGAAUCAAACUUGAAUAGGCUGGACCGCGAUUCUAUGCACAAUGUCAUCGAGUAUUUAACCGAUAGAUUAGAGAACCAACAGCCGGGUGAUGGAAAGACAUAUCAAUCUCGGCGACUAAGGUCAUCCCAAGUAGAAUCUUGAACUUUAGUAUUGUUUACUUUAUUGCCCUUGCAAACGUCACUGAUUAAAUGCGGAAUCUGAUCUGUUCGGAUUAACCGAAAUCUAAAAGGUGAUUCAUUUUUGGGAAGUUUACAGAAGC